CUACAGAGAUCCAACAUUUUCAUGGAAGGUCCGAUGCGACAAAAGCUUUACAAACUUUUCAAAGCAAACAAAAUUUUAAAGUACUACCUAGUGCAAAAUUGAGCGUAAUACACUAACUCAGUGGUGCCAAGGUUUAAGGGAAAAACAAUGUUGAAUUAGGGUUUUUCAAUAAUUAUAGUGAAUACUUUCAUCAUAUUCAAAUUGCAUGCUCCACAUAAAUGUCAGCUUCAAGCCAUAAAAACUCCGGAAAUAAAAUCAAUUAAAAAAUCUUCAAGCCCUUUUUUAAUCUUUAUUCAUACGCAGAAAAUGGCCACUGAGAAAUGUUGACAGGGCAGGAACCCUUUUUGCCCUUACAAAUACGCAAGAAAAUUCUAGCAGAAACACUUCAAGCCUUGGAGAUCUUCCUUACAAACCCAUUUGCAAAAUUAUAGCCCAAGCUCUUGAAAUUUCCCGCCUGAAAUCAUGGCUGCCUCUUCAUUGUUUGGUUCUUCUUCUUCGUCAACUUCAAAGCUAUCAAAGAAGCUCGAUAUUUUUCCUCCUGCCCUCCGUUUCGAAUCCCAUCGCCUCUUUCGAUCUUCUGUGCGUUUACCCUGCAGAAAACCCGCAAUCGGGUUUUCCAGUUACAGCAAAUGCAAGAGAAGAAUCCGCAAUGAUGUAAAUUGUUCUGCAAAAACAAAGGAGCAGAAUGGACCCGUAGAGAGGUCUGAGAAUAAUGGUAAGCAUAAAAGUGGUAAGCGCACUGAUUUGAAAAAAAUACUUAUUUUGGGCGCAGGCCCUAUUGUCAUAGGGCAAGCCUGUGAAUUUGAUUACUCUGGAACACAGGCCUGCAAGGCCUUGAAGGAAGAAGGCUAUGAAGUUAUAUUGCUUAACUCCAAUCCUGCCACUAUCAUGACUGAUCCUGAUAUGGCAGAUAAAACAUACAUUACCCCGAUGACACCUGAAUUAGUCGAGCAGGUUUUAGAGAAGGAGAGGCCUGAUGCAAUUCUGCCAACUAUGGGGGGCCAAACAGCGCUAAAUCUGGCGGUUGCUUUGGCCGAGAGGGGAGCUCUGGAGAAAUACGGGGUGGAGCUCAUUGGGGCAAAGUUGGAGGCUAUUAAGAAGUCUGAGGAUAGGGAUUUGUUCAAGAAGGCAAUGGAGAAAAUCGGGGUGAAGUCUCCUCCCUCCCAGAUCGGGAUAAGUAUGGAGCAGUGUUUGAAGAUUGCCGAAGAAAUUGGAGAAUACCCACUUAUCAUCAGGCCCGCUUACACAUUGGGUGGCACUGGAGGUGGCAUUGCUUACAACAAGGAAGAGUUUGAGACCAUCUGUAAGGCUGGAUUGGCUGCCAGCAUUACUUCUCAAGUCUUGGUGGAAAAAUCUCUGCUGGGCUGGAAGGAAUAUGAACUUGAGGUUAUGAGGGACUUGGCUGACAAUGUUGUGAUCAUUUGCUCAAUAGAGAAUAUUGAUCCCAUGGGUGUUCACACAGGGGAUUCCAUUACUGUGGCCCCAGCACAGACUCUGACAGAUAAGGAAUAUCAACGUCUUAGAGAUUAUGCUGUGGCAAUAAUCAGAGAAAUUGGUGUGGAAUGUGGAGGUUCUAAUGUUCAGUUUGCUGUGAAUCCAGAGGAUGGUGAGGUCAUGGUGAUAGAGAUGAAUCCACGGGUGUCAAGGUCAUCUGCGUUGGCAUCCAAAGCAACUGGGUUUCCUAUAGCUAAGAUGGCGGCCAUGUUGUCUGUGGGAUAUACAUUGGAUCAGAUUCCCAAUGAUAUCACUAAGAAAACUCCUGCCAGUUUUGAGCCCUCUAUUGACUAUGUGGUCACUAAGAUUCCUCGCUUUGCCUUUGAGAAGUUUCCAGGCUCACAACCAAUUCUUACAACUCAAAUGAAAUCUGUGGGAGAAGCUAUGGCUUUGGGCCGUACAUUCCAAGAAUCAUUUCAGAAAGCUCUUCGGUCAUUAGAAACUGGUCAUUCUGGAUGGGGUUGUGAAUGGCUGAAGGAGCUGGAUUGGGAUUGGGAACAACUUAAGUAUAGUCUAAGAGUUCCUGGUCCAGAGAGGAUGUACGCACUCUAUGUGGCCAUGAAAAGAGGUAUGAGUGUUGAUGAAAUUCAUGCCCUUUGCUAUAUGGACAAAUGGUUCCUAUCACAGUUUCGGGAGCUUCUAGAUUUUGAAGAGUUCCUCUCUAACACAAAAGUAGCAGAGCUUAGUAAACAUGACUUUUAUGAAGUGAAGAGGAGGGGAUUUAGUGAUAAGCAGAUAGCAUAUGCAACUAAUUCAUCUGAAAAAGAUGUCCGGGUCCGCCGCUUGUCUUUGGGUGUACAUCCAGCCUAUAAAAGAGUGGAUACUUGUGCAGCUGAGUUUGAGGCCAAUACACCAUAUAUGUAUUCAUCCUAUGAUGAUGAAUGCGAAGCUGCACCAAGCAUAAAGAAGAAGGUCUUGAUUCUUGGAGGAGGACCCAAUCGUAUUGGUCAGGGCAUUGAAUUUGAUUAUUGUUGUUGUCAUGCAUCGUAUGCGCUACAGGAUGCAGGAUAUGAAACCAUUAUGAUGAACUCAAACCCUGAGACUGUCUCUACAGAUUAUGAUACCAGUGAUAGGCUGUACUUUGAACCGCUUACAAUAGAGGAUGUCUUGAAUGUUAUUGAUUUAGAAAGGCCCGAUGGCAUAAUUGUACAGUUUGGUGGACAAACUCCAUUGAAACUCGCUCUGCCCAUACAGGAUUACCUUGAUGAAUUUAAGCCCAUGUCUGCUUCUGGGGAAGGGCCUGUGCGUAUUUGGGGGACAUCUCCUGAUUCAAUAGAUGCUGCAGAAGAUAGGGAAAGGUUCAAUGCAGUAUUGAAUCAGCUAAAAAUCAAGCAACCGCAAGGAGGUAUAGCUAAAAGUGAUGAAGAUGCUUUGGCCAUAGCAGAAAACAUUGGAUACCCUGUGGUUGUCAGACCAUCUUAUGUUUUAGGUGGCCGUGCAAUGGAAAUUGUCUACAGUGAUGACAAAUUGAAGCAAUACUUGGUAACUGCAGUUCAAGUAGACCCAGAAAGACCAGUACUUAUUGACAAGUAUCUCAUAGAUGCUUGUGAAAUUGAUAUAGAUUCUUUGUCAGAUUUUGAAGGUAAUGUGGUUGUUGGUGGUAUCAUGGAGCACAUCGAACAAGCUGGGAUACACUCUGGAGAUUCAGCUUGUUCUCUUCCAACAAAAACAGUCUCACCUGAAUGCUUAACAAUCAUUAGAUCAUGGACAUAUAAGCUGGCUAAGCAACUUAAGGUUUGCGGAUUAAUGAAUUGUCAAUAUGCAAUAACUCCUACUGGUGAAGUAUACCUCCUUGAAGCAAAUCCUAGGGCAUCCCGAACAGUCCCUUUUGUCAGCAAGUCUAUUGGUCAUCCUUUAGCAAAGUAUGCUGCCCUUGUAAUGUCAGGAAAGUCUCUGCAGGACAUUGGUUUUACACAGGAAAUUAUUACACGUCAUGUGUCUGUCAAAGAAGCAGUAAUUCCAUUUGAAAAGUUUCAAGGCUGUGAUGUAGUGCUUGGCCCUGAAAUGAGAAGCACAGGAGAAGUGAUGGGAAUAGAUUUUGAAUUUGCAAUGGCGUUUGCAAAGGCACAAAUUGCUUCCAAUCAAAUAUUGCCCCUUACAGGGACCGUGUUCUUAAGUUUUAAUGAUUUAACAAAAUCAAGUCUUCCCAUAGUUGCAAAAGGUUUUAUUGAUCUUGGAUUCAAGAUACUCUCAACCAGUGGCACAGCAAAAUUCUUGGAAAUGCAAGGAAUUCCUGUGGAGAGAGUUUUGAAACUCCAUGAAGGGCGUCCUCAUGCAGGUGACAUGAUCACCAAUGGUCAGGUCCAAUUAGCAAUUAUUACUAGUUCUGGGGAUGCACUGGAUCAAAUUGAUGGGAGGCAGAUUAGAAGAAUGGCAUUGUCAUACAAAAUACCCAUCAUAACAACAGUUGCUGGGGCAUUAGCUACUGCUGAGGCUAUUAAGAGCAUGAAGCAGACUCAAAUAAAGAUGAUUCCAUUGCAAGACUUCUUCAAUGCUCAGAAAUCAGAGGGGACCACUCAAGAACGGCAAAAAGCUUCAAUUCUUUGAUGUUGUAGCUAGAAGGCAAGUGGAUGUUUCUCUCUUCUACUAUCUAUUCAAGGGAAGAUUUCUCACUGGUCAUGGCUGUCAAAAUCUGAGAUUGGAACUUGAUAGGGACUGGUAAAAUGAUUAAAGUGCUUAUAUUUUGUCAUUUUAUAGCCUGCAUAUCUAUUAAGCAGCAUAUUUAUCACUUCAAAAUAACAGGGCAGGCAUUAUGUUUUUUGGCUUUUACUAUGCUGGGCAUUGUCUUUUUUAUUUACAUGUUCUGCUUACCCUGUAGUUUAUGCCAGUAAUUCUAGAUUGUAUUUAUCAAGGAAGCAAUAGUAAAGUAUUGACAAUCCAAAAUCUGACUCUGAGACUGUCAUCAAAGAAGCUUUUGAGUUUGGUGUUA